UAUGAGAUACAUAAUCUGUGGCACCUGUGAUUGAUUUUCGUCGCGAAUUUCUUGAAAUCCCAGCUGUUUCGUUGCAAUAGCUGCACUGCGCCUGCCUGAACUGAAUGCACCCCAGAUUCCCGGGCCUUCUAGCUCAUAAAACAUAUCAGUAUCAGUCGAUAUGUCGUCCAUCAUGGAUGAAAGGGUGACUGACGAGAUCGAGGCUCUAGAAGCAAUUUUAAUGGAUGAUGUGGUGAUAAAACGAGUGGGGGAGGUUCCUCAAGUCAUCGAGACCGUCCUCCACCCGUCAACGGGUGACGAUGUGGAACAGCAGUACGUUUGUGUGACGCUUGUAGUAAAGUUGACACCUGGCUAUCCUGAUAGCAUACCUGAGGUAACGCUUAGGAAUCCGCGAGGCCUCGACGAUGAUAUACUGGCGAACAUCCACGUACAAAUCAGGGAGAAAAUAGCUGACUGUCUUGGAUCACCGGUCAUUUUUGAACUGAUUGAGCUCAUUCGGGAUUGUCUUACGGAAUGCAACUUGCCAAGCGGUCAAUGCAUGAUCUGUCUCUUUGGGUUCUGUAAGGGAGACCAUUUCGUGAGGACCCAAUGCUAUCACUAUUUCCAUAGCCAUUGCUUGGCUCUCCACCUGAUUUCUGGCAGGCGUUAUCAUGAGGAGGAAAAAUCGGUGCUACCAGCUUGGCAACAGGCAACCAAAGAGCCUUUUAAGGAGAUGUGCCCUGUUUGCCGCGUCACCCUGAUCAACAUCGACGUGGACGCGCUGGCCAAGGCCCCGCCCCCGAUGGCCUCGUUCACUGCACCAGCAUUCUACUUGACUGAUGAGUUAAAGGCGCUGCAACGUGAGAUGGCUAAGAUGAUGGCCUACCAAAUGGCCAAGGGUGGCAUCAUUGGGUGCAAUGACCCCGGUCCACCACCGCUUACCAUCACCACUCCUGAGGACAACGAGAAUAAUGUGAAUAACACUUCUCCAUCGGUUGCCCCGGAGGUGGUGAAGGCUCCAAACAACAACGCGAUCAACUGCAACGCGCGCCAGACUGGCAACUCCUCCAAUGAUAACUCCGCUCCCGGCUCCCCCGCGCGCCCUGCCUACCGCGGCCCCUACAGGGGUUUCAACCGUCGGGGCAAGCCGGGGCGGCGCGGGCGCGGCGCUGCGCGGUGACCCCGCCCCGCGCGCCCACACUCGCCCCCCGCAUAGCUGCAUCCUCGCCCCACACGACACCCGCGCUCCAACCGAACUCUGGACUCUGUACACCACAUACUGAACCUCGGUCAUACAUCCCUGGACAUUCACACACCCACCCGAGGAUAUAUACACUAUAAUACAUCUUUUCGCGCCCGUACUAACACAUCGCGCAAACCAACAGUCAUGUCAAUGACUAUCAUCACUGAUACUCUGUUGUCACUAUCCCAUGUGACGAGCGCAAUCGAGACUGCACCGGGGUCUGACACACUAUGUCUGAAUACAGGGACUAAUUUGCUAAAACGGACUGAACCGAACCUUUCGAGACUGACGAUUUACCCUAGUUACUCCAUUCUAUUUAUAUUUUUGAAAGCGUUACAAGCGCUUCCUCCUGUGAUUCUUAACCAUAUCGAUUGGACCACACGACUUUAUGAUGUAUCCCUGCCAAUAUUUAACAAAUUAUUUUGCAAACUAAUUGUUUUGUUAUGUAUCGUGUGAUUAUGGCCCCUUUCAGGCUGUCUAUUCGCGAAGGAAGUCGUGAGCAGUCCGACAUGUUGAUUUACUAUGAGAGUUAUUACCUUAUGCGGCAGUACUGCCCAAUAUUUAGUCAUCUGUUCGAAUAUGUCGGAUGUGACACGACGUAAUGAUCCCUCCAACUACUUAAACGAAUAUAAACACUGCCAUUGUGCCUAACACAAUUUAAAAGUUCCUCUUUCUAUCACUCAUUAAAACUUCGCGAUAUAGCACAUCUGAAAGGAAGUCCCUUAAUUAAAUACCUACGUUAUACUUCUCACUAAGUACCUUCCAAACUUUCCCAAAUAUUUUUAAUUAUAUUUAGUUGUUUUGUUAAAUUUUGUGUGUAGGGCAAUCGUCAGUAGAUACUCGUUUGUUUCACUCUGUUUUUUCAAGUCGACCCCAAUGCUCAUUGAAAAUCAUUCCAAUAAAAACGUGGAAAAUGUUUUGCUCUGUUUACAUUGUGCAACUAAAUAGUUGUCAGUCGCCAAAACUAACAACGAAGUACUGUUUCUCGAAACGGUGAUCAUUUUGCUCAUCACUAAUAAAGGUGAAAACAGACAAAACACUCCACAUAUGAAUCUUCAUGGAUGUAUUAACCAGUCAGUAUGCAAGAUUAACAGAUUCAGAGGGCACAUUAUGACCUGAUACAGCCAUCAUUGUUCCACUGAGAUACAAAGAUAUAAAGCUAUAUUCAUCGUGUAGCGUUGUAUCAAGUCUUGGUAAAACAAUUAUGGUUGUAGUACGACAUAUUGUUGCUUCCGAACACUUCGCGAUUAUGGCAUUUGAUGACGACACUGGUCAUUCCCAACUACAGACUAGCGUUUAGUACAUAGCAUUGAACUUGAAUCGUAUAAGUAUAAUAAUACUUUAACAUUGAAAAAUAUUACAAAUGUUUUAUCGUAUGAUAAUGAAACCCUGUUUUGCUAAUAGAAAUUACAACAGAAAUAUCGCCCUUUAUGUUGUGUUCUUAACGCUAGUCGAAAACUGCAAUCGAAGCUUUCGUUUUUGAGCUCAUCAAUGAUGCCACUGGUUGGCGCAAACAGUCUACUACCGCUGGCCAAACAGAAUUAUUUAAUGGCUACUUAACCCAUACUUAGCAAUUGUUUUCAGAACAAAAUAGUUACUAAGGAAUAGUUUAAGUAGUCAAUAAAUGUCUUUAUGUACGGCAGUUAGCCAAUAAGUCUAAGGUCCAAAGACUUGAGCCGAUGAAUUGAAACACGAAAGCCCUGAUUAACUUAACAGCUAGUUGCCAAAGUGGGAUGGCACAAAAUAAUAAUAAUAAAUGUAAUAGUCGUUCAAUGUACUCUUAGCUUAAGGCACGUUACUGUGACGAGUCUAGUCAUCAUAAACUAGUAUUCCACGUAUUAAAUUAAAUUCAUAAAUGUAACUACGUGUCAAAUGUUUGCAUUGUUCCGAGCAAUUUAAUGCAAUGUACAUAGAUAUGUGUUUUCUUUAACAAGAACUAGGUACUUAAACAUAUGUCACUUGAAAUCGAUAUGAAAACUAGCACGCUAUUUAUUUAUCAUUUCAUGUACACCAUACAGCUGACAAUAUUACAGAGAACACAUUAAAAGCUUGAGGUACAUAGGUACUGCAUAUCCCUUAAGAGAUUUCUUCCUACAGACCUGCGACAGGAAAAGGAAUAUAAACAUUAAAAACAUUACUCUUACUAUUAUAAUAUUACACAGCAAUAUUAAUGUGUAAAUUAUAAAUGUUUUCAAACCAUAUGGUUUACCAUAUGUUCGCCUACAAUAAUUUAAAUAUAAAGUACAAUAAACAUCACUAAAAUUUCACAAUUUAGAACUGUAACAGGUAAACACAGCUACGUGAUCUAGAAUAAAAUUGAUGGGAUUUCGCAGACAAUAUACAGGAAUGUAUUCAAUGUGUAUAAACAUUGUUAUGUUGCAUGAGAAAUGGCAAUAUACUUCCCAUCAUCUAUAAAUGUAAACAACGCAAUGUGAGCAAUAGACCUUUCUUCAAGCAAUAAUGAGUGCAAACGAUACAUAACAGUUUACGGUUACUGAAGACUCACAGAAAAGAUAUUAUUAAAAUAGACCAAUUCUGCUACUGAGAAUCUUGGCCAUACUCUAACAUUUUGACUACGUCAGUCUGCCACAGUUCUGUAUGUGGCUAUAUUGACGAUGUUACACAAUGUAAAAUUGCAUUAAAUUGACCGAACAGUAAGUCAUUAUAAUAAGAAUUACAUAUAACUAACCUGUCUUAGAUUGAAUAAGAAAUUUCAUGUCAUUACAUAACUUUCUUAAUUUUCGUAACGGGGGACAACCCGAUUGUUUUGAUAUUUUUAACUAUUUGUUAAAUUAAUUAUAAUUAUGUACAAAAUAAGUUUUUAGAUAUGAUUACGAUAUUUUUGUAUGUGACAAAUGAAUUGUUAUUUUAAUUUAAAUUAUAUUUGUUUGGACAAGUUUAUUGUGUAAGCGGAUGGAAGAAAAGAGAACGCGUGUUCGUGUGUUAAGUUAGAAAAUUACAUUUCCUUAUAAAGGUUGUGUUGUAAUCUCUUAGGUUUUCUAUUUAGAUCUCUAUCAUUAUUAAUUCUCGGAAUAUUCUUAAUAAAAAAAUAUUUUCAACUUACAGUUCCUUGUAAUUUUUCUCUAAUGAAAAUGGUUAAAUCUCGUAAAUCAUAGCAAGAAAUCGGCAGCUACUUAGCUUUAUAAUGGAUCUACGUCAAGUACAUAACGACUACUGGUUGAAGGCAGGCGUGUAAUAUUAAAUAUUAGAACAAUAUUCUAAAUCUCAAUGAUCUAAAACCUUAUCAAAAAAAAAUCUCCAUAUUCUAUAUUCUCUCUAACAUACAUUACACUGUCGACGCCAUCAUUAAAUUUAAACUUAAAUAUAAUAUCUAAAAUAUCCUUGCCAUUUUCUCGCCCUAAGUUAUUUUAAGAACUUAACCUCAUGUGGUUUAUUUUUUUACAUUUUUUUUAUAAAACAUUCCAAUAAUGUUUCUGUAUAUACAUUGAGAUUAUUUAGUAGUAUAAUUCUUCUAAACGUGUUUGGGAGCGUGACAAGUUUGGGAAUUGGAAAAGUACUUACCUGCACAAGUUUGUGUUUUGUUGUGAAUUUCGAGAAUUUUUUACAAUAUCGGUUAUUUAUUGUAUUCGCAUAUAUAUUGGAAUAGUGUUAGUGCAUGCAUAGCAUAAUUUUGGCUUUUUAUGGCGCUUAUUAGCCAUUAGAUGUAAGGAUUUGAAGGGGUUGUCAGAUGCGUUAGAUUUGCAAAAGCAAUAUGGCUUUCGAAGUGAACAUGGGAAGCUUAUCAAGUCUGAGUAUAAUUAUCUACUUACUCAUGUAGACCCUAAAAGGGUAAAUUGGAACGUGAAAUAGCUUGUUCGAGCUUUUCGUGAUACUUUACAACUUUAUCUGGAUAGCUUUUUAUCAAGAUUGACAACCCUGCAAGAUGGCGGUUGGCCAGUAAUAGUUUGAAUUUUCGACACCAGUGUAAUAUGAAGGUUGAUAAGAUCCGGUAUAUUGCAGUUUUAUAAUCGUAAUUUUUAUCUAUAUGUAAUUUAUGUGUAGUAGUAAUUAAUUAAUAAACUUACCAAAGAUA